CGUGGGAGUAUCGGAGAAAGGGAGGUGGUGAGAUGAGGCUGUGAGGGGUGUAGUCCUUAAUCUCCUGUACGUCCCCGUGUUGUCCAUGGCGUAGCAACAGGUGGCCUUAGCCCUUGCUUCUCCCAAUGAAAUGGGCUGACUUCCGAACAGUGUUUGGUUGGCUUGAGGAUCAACGGGGUAGGAGACCUGGAGGCUUAUUAUCUGGAGAGAACAAGUUCCAUUUUGGUCUCUGGUUCCUCAUGAUUGGGGCAUGGGCUGAGAUACUGGGGUCACAGUGGCUCUCCUGUGGAGCAGGGGCCAGGACUGGGGUUCAGCUUAGUGCUCCACACACCCUACUGAAGGGAUGGAUGUAAGUAAUAAAUAGGCUGUGAUGAUCCGGGGGGGAAAUGUCUAGGAUGGAGAGAACACUCUUGCUUUCUUUAGGACCCUAGAGCCUUCCCGUGUGGAGUUCCAUAGUUAUUGCCUUGCCUGAUGUUUUUGUUUUGUUUUCUUUUAAAUAAGCGGUAGUUCUUCUUUUUUUUUUAAGAUUUUAUUUAUUAGAGAGCACAUCUGAAAGAGAGAGAAAGAGCGGGGCAGAGGCAGAGGGAGAAGCCGACUCCCCGCUGAGCAGAGAGCCCAGUGCAAUGGGGGGCUCCAUCCCAGGACCCUGGGAUCAUGACCCGAGCCCAAGGCAGACGCAUAACCCACUGAGCCACCCAGGUGCCCUUUGCCUGAAGUUUUUUUAAACCUGAUUCGAGAAAGACAAAACUCAGGCCUUGGUCUCCAUUUCAGUGGAUGGAAUGAGCAAGGACCUACUGUCGCUUUGUCAACUUCUUGCUGGUAUCCCCAUGGACAGUGGACCCUCCCCCUACUUCUGGGGGCCUUGUGUGCCUUGAUUUCUGGAGAGGGAAAGUGAGGGUCAGGGGGGCAACUGUGUACCUAACAGCUCACCAUGUUGCAUUAGGGUCCCUUGAGGCCAUGAAGACGUGACCCCUGUUGCCUUCUUCUAGGGCUCCUCCAUGGGGAGCCCCUUUCUCCCUACUCACCCCCACUCCCCUGCCCCCGGAAGUGCAGAGGCCCAGGAGCUGCCUGCUGGCAACAACAGCCACAGCCAGAUUAGUUCAGGGAAGGACUUGCUCACCUGCUCCUCCCCUCUGACUCAAGUCCUAACAAGUAACCUGGUUCCCCUGGGCCGGCAGGCGGCCUAGGAGGAAAGGCAGGCGGGCCAGCAGGCGGGCCCAGAGGGAGGGGCGGCCAUCGCGGCGGCGGCAACAGCAAGUGGAGCCUGAGCCAGGUCACAGAGAGAGCAGGGGAGGCCGGCCUGUGGCCUGGGACUCCCUGCGGCGACAUGCGACACCCCGCAGCCCCCUGACCUGGGAACAGGGGCUGUCCCUGGGAUCCUGGACUCAACCCCAGGAGCAGCUGGGGAAACUGCAGGCCACCGCCACAUCCUGGCUCAGGUUGGGAACGGGGUCACCCCUCCCUCCUCUGUGCCCCCGCCUCCCAGAAAUCCACCAUGGAGAGUAAGGAUGAGGUCAGCGACACCGACAGUGGCAUCAUCCUGCAGUCUGGCCCCGACAGCCCGGUGUCCCCGCUGAAGGAGCUGGCGCCCGCGGGCCGCGAGCAGCAGAGGGCCCUGGAGGCGCGGCUGGAGGCGCGGCUGGAGGAGCUGAGGCGGCUGUGCCUCAGGGAGGCGGAGCUGACGGGGCUGCUGCCCGCGGAGUAUCCCCUCAGGCCCGGGGAGAAGGCGCCCAAGGUGCGGCGCAGGGUCGGGGCGGCCUACAGGCUGGACGAGCGGGCCCUGCGCGGAGAGGACCCGCUGGGCGGCCUGGAGCGCGAGCUGGCGGUGCAGCGGCAGAUCGCGGCGGCGGCGCGGCGGCUGUGCGGCGAGGAGCACCUGAGCAGGCAGGCGCGGCGGCAGCGGAAGCACGAGGUGCAGCGGGAGGAGGAGAAGCUGAGGGCGCUGCAGCGCUGCCUGCGGGAGCGGAGGCGCUCGGCCGGGGCGGCCCCCGCCGCGCGGGCCCUGGGCCGAGAGCUCAGUGCCUCAGAUGACAGCUCCCUCUCCGAUGGGCUACUCCUGGAGGAAGAGGAAUCCCAAGUGCCAAAACCGCCCCCAGAGUCCCCAGCUCCACCUUCCCGGCCUCUCCCACCCCAGAGCCUCGAGGGGUUGCAGCCAGCAGGAUCUGAGGCUGGGGGCCUGGAGCGGGCUCCCAUCCAGAACAGCCCCUGGAAGGAGACCAGCCUGGACCACCCCUAUGAGAAGCCCAGAAAGUCUUCCGAACCCAAUAGCGAGUCCAGCCCAGCCACCACACCCCAGGAUGGGCCCAGUACCUCCAGCCUGUGGCUGCUGGAGCCUGCCUCCUACCACGUGGUUCCCAUCCGCAGUGUUCCUGGCCAGCGGCAGGGCCGCACCAGUGCCCCAGCCACCCCCGAGAUGCAGGGGAGGAGGGGCCAGUCGCAGUCUCUGAGGACGGACUCCUUCCGGGCGGGUCCCGAGGGCCGAGGUCGCAGCGCCUUCCCCCGCCGCCGCCCCACCCACUACACCGUGACGGUGCCGGACUCCUGCUUCCCCGCCGCCAAGCCCCCGCUGCCGCUCGCCGCCUACCACUCCUGCUCCGAGGACAGCGGCUCCGACGUCUCCAGCAUCUCGCACCCCACGUCCCCGGGCAGCAGCAGCCCCGACAUCUCCUUCCUGCGGCCCCUGUCCCCGCCCCGCCGCCCGCCGCCCCGCGGGGCCUGGGCCGCGCUCCGCCUGCAGCCGCCCGCGCCCUUCCCCGCCGCGCGCUACGUGCUGGUGGCCGAGGGGCCCCUCCCGCCGCCCGCGCUGGGCCCGGCCUACGACGCGGAGCCGCUGCGCUGGCAGCGCCCGGGGGCCUCCCGCAGCCGCCCGGGGCGCUCGCCGUCGCUCCGGGACAGCCCCGCGGGCCGCGCGCUCAGCAGGGCCGCCGUCUCCGAGGAGCUCAGGUCCUGGCACGAGCGCGCGCGCCUCCGCAGCGGCCGCCCGCACUCGCUCGACCGCCAGGGCGCCUUCCGCGUGCGCAGCCUGCCCCCCGGGAGGGAGGGCUGCGGCCGCGCCCCGGGGCCCCGGAUGCAGGUGGCCACAGUGUAUGUGCCCCGGAGAUCACCCGAAGGGGCCCCCGUGCAAGUCUUUGUGCCUGAGAAGGGCGAGAUCAGCAGCCAGGUGUAACCAAGGCCAGUGUCACCGUGUGCCCCAAACGCCUUGGCCCAGUUGCCGGAAAAGACUGAUCCACAGCGGGGCUGGCGCUGAGCCCUCCCACCUUGAGUGCCUUCUUCAGCUCCUUUACCCCCAUCGCAGGUCGAUGAGCCGUGGCUGAGCCUUUUUUUUUUCCCCCUUUUUUUAAUGGUUUUUGUUCAGAAUCCCUGGCGUUAGGAUUUAUAUUUUGUGAUUUGUCCUCAAGAUCCCUAUAAUAUGAUGAUGCUUUAUUCCCCAGAGGUUGGUCUACUAGACUUGAGGCCUUGCCUGUCUGAUGGCAUUUGUCUCCUUCUGCAAGACAGGUGGCAGGGGACGCAUGAGGAAGAGGGGGCCACAUUGAGCUUCCUCACAGACUCUAUCCUCUGGCUCAGAGAACGUCCCCAGAGAACAGCGCCUGUCUCCCUGCAGCUGGAGGCAUGCUAGUGUGGCUCCCCUGCCCCCAGUUUCCCAGAGAGCUGGGUGCUGUCGGGGUGCCUGGGGAGGGGGUGAAUCUCCUUCCCCCUUUGUAAUGUGCUCUGUGAUGCACACAGGAAGUGGUAUGGCAAAGAUCAUACGUCCCGGUGGAGUGUUGUCUUCCUGGAGGGACCCCACUAUUUUUCUCACCCCAUAACCCCCCCCCACACACACAUACGUAGGGGUCCCAGUCACUCACCAUAUGCCUUCUGUGCCUUCUGGGCUCCUGCAACCGCUCAGACCUCUGAGCCUUGAAAGUGAGGCUUCACCAGAUUGUAGCAUUCGGCAGCCCGGGCUAGGGGCUGGCCUGUGCUAGCCCUCGUUUGGUGGAGGGCAGCUCACGCUCUGACCACCUUCUCUGGGCAUCGGGAAGGCUUGCAACCCCACCUUUUUCAUUAUAGUCCUAAAAGCCACGCCUUCCAGAUAAUUUUGGAAAGGCACCAUGUUUGUGGCAUGUUCACAUGGGAGGAGGUGGGGGUCACUGCCCCUUCUACUCCUCACCCAGCUUUGCUUCUGCUCUGAGACUGGAUUUCCUUGAAACGGGGCAAGUCCUUAUUUUUACAAACAGGGGAAUACUCACGCUUAAGGGCGUUCACUAACGGUCCCAUCCGCUGAGACUUGAGCAGGCCUGGAAACUGGUUGUGCUCAGACCAUCCCAUAGUCCCUGGGUUCUCAUCCUAGAGCCCUUUUGCCCUCAGAUCCCCUGCUCCCAGGAGAAUGCACCGAGCAGAGGCGAGGGAGGGCUGAGUUCUGGUUCUGCCCCUGCAGAACCCUUUCCCCUCCAGGGCCCUGGACUUGCACAGAGACUACGAGAACAGCUUAAACCUCCGAGAACACGGAUGCCUGACCCUGGAAAAACACACUGGACAGAAGGCCGUGUCGCCAACUGCGCGAGGUGGCCGAGGGGGCGAUGUAGGUGGCCUGUCAGAGGAAUGUGGGGAAGAAGAGAGCCUGAGAGGCAGCACCUGUAUUUCCGUCACUGCGCUCUUCCCACAUCCUGCAGCUCCCCCACGUUUGGGGUGGACUGUGGCCCCGUUACUUUCCGAUGUCCUCCUCUGGAUUCUGUUCUUUCGUUUUGUCUCUAAGCCCCUUUCACGGGUGUACGGGCAGCUCCCCUCCCUGUGUCCCCCCGGGAGCCCAGAGCUCCCCUAGGCUGAGCCAGGAGACAUCCGAGCACCCCACACACGUGAGCGUCCUUUAUGUUAACUUAUUGGUCCUGGGCGAUGCCUGGUACAGUUGCAGGGGCUGCCUCCUAGGCUGCGAGGCUGGAGCUGUGGGGGUGCGGUGCCAAGUAUGUCAAUAAAGUCUGUGCCUUGUGAUGGA